AUGGCUUUUAAUGAACUGGAACAUCAAGGAAAUGAUGUCGUAGUAAUUGUUAUGGUUACCCCCUUGGUUGAGAAUGGUAUGAUUAAAUGUGACAAGUAUUGGCCAGAAUUGGAUGAAACUUGGGAAUUUGGUCAAGAAAAUAAACAGGAUGGUAUAAAUUUAGAAGAAUUAUCAAUCAAGAAUGUUAGAGAAGAUGCAAAUGAACUGGAUGAUUAUGUUGUUACUGAAUUGGAACUAACUGCUAAUGGGAAAACCAAAAAGGUGUAUCAUUUUUACUAUUUCAAAUGGGCAGAUGCUAAAACUCCACCAUCGAUUCAACCUUUAAGUGAUUUAUCAAGUAGGAUUGAUGAAAUUAGAGAAAAUUUAACUGAUUCUGAAAAUCACCUUGUACCUAUUGUUCAUUGCUCUGCUGGUGUUGGUAGAUCAGGUACUUUUAUCGUGUAUGAUCAUUUGUUUAGAGAUGUCGAUGUGUUCAGAACAUUGGCGCGUGCCGAUGGUAUUUCAGAUAAAGACUUGGUUUAUCAAGCCGUUUGUCAAUUAAGAAGUCAAAGAAUGAUGAUGGUUCAAACAGUUUAUCAGUAUAAAUUUCUUUAUGAUGUUGCUAGAACGUUUUACAAAUAA